AUUCUUAAUGUCUCCAGCCCGCGAAAAGAUCAUAUCCAUCAUCGCGACAUGUGUCACAGUAUUAUCAAGGCCGAUACGUCAUAAGAUGUGAGCGGUCUGACAUGGCCUAUAGCCCAAAAUAUCGCCCCCGUGCGACAAAUGCCAGGAGACAAUCUACUCAGCAAAACAUCGCCCUCUUCCUCAGGCGUGCUGGGCGCGUGGUCGGCCUGAUUGCGAUCAUUUGGACGUUCUUGGAGGUUCUGUUUGUCCGACGUGCAUUAUCGCGGCAACCGGAACCAAGUGGCUACGAGUACGACCUCGGCACGGAGACGAUCCUCCUCGUGGGCAUCCAUUGGAACAGUGAGAAGAUUUUGCGGAGCCAUUGGAAUCAGGCUGUAGUAGAUACGGCCAAUGCCAUCUCACGCGGUGGUGGUGAUGUAUUUGUCAGUGUACUGGGAAGUGGAAGUUCAGACGGCACAGAAGCGGCCUUGGAACAGCUGCGAGAGAAGCUCACUGAACGGAACGUUCCUCACUUGAUCACCUUCGACGAGACCACUCAUCUCGAUGAAAUCAGCAAAACUCCUCAAGAGGGCGGGGACUGGAUCAUGACGAAGCGAGGCAAACUAGAGCAUCGCAGGAUACCCUACCUGGCCAGAUUACGCAACAUCGCCCUACAGCCUCUGUAUAAUGAAUCCAUGACCGACAUGACCUUCGACAAGAUCGUCUUCCUUAACGACGUCGUCUUCAACGCCUUGGACGUCGCCAAUCUUCUCGGUACCCGCGAUGGAAAUUUCGCUGCCGCAUGUUCCCUCGACUUCUCGAAACCACCUUCGUUCUACGAUACCUUCGCCUUUCGAGACGCCGAGAGCGGCAACAAGCUCAUGAAGAAAUGGCCAUUCUUCCGCGCCCGCGCCUCUCGGCAAGCAGUCAAGGCUAGCCACGCCGUGCCCAUGAAGAGCUGCUGGAACGGCAUCGUAGCUAUGGAUGCCACGCCUUUUUAUCCCGAUGAAAACGGCGCGGCCCUGACAUUUCGCGGGCUACCUGCCAGUCUCGCGAAAUCUCACCUCGAAGCUUCCGAGUGCUGCCUCAUCCAUGCGGACAACCCUCUUACGGAAUCAAAGGGCGUCUGGCUCAAUCCUGCCGUCCGUGUGGGAUACACUGGGCCCGCCUACGAAGCGGUCAAUCCUUACAGGGGAGCGCUAUGGAUGUCGUCCUGGGGGAUUGUCCAUGGAGCGUGGAAGAAUCGCUUGCUCCGCUGGACCACAACUCAGUGGUUCAGAGAUCGAGUCGUCAAUAAGCGACUUGCAGCCUGGCGGCGAAAAGCGCCAGAGACAAACAUUGAGCCUGGCGCGUUUUGUGUUAUCGAUGACAUGCAAGUCUUGACGGAGAAGGGUUGGACGGCCGUUUGAAAAAUCAAGCUGUCAUCGUGUGAAUCUCGGUACAUCCCCAGAUGACCACCCAGCUUGACCACAAUGCGAUUCUUCGGAGGAUCCUCCAACUUGAAACCUCCAAUGUUGGAAUUCAGUAUCGGAUUAGUCAUCGGAGGAGGAGUCUACCAGGUUAGUCAUCAAGGUGAUGAAAGAGCUUAUAGGUAAUUGGAGUGCAUUGAUUCGACCGAGUCUUGUAGGCACUGAAGAUCCGAAGACUCAGGCCGUUGUAAGAUACUGAUGAAGCAAAGACUAUACCAAGGCGUAGCUGAGACAGUCUAGUAGCAUGAGUGGUUCAGUGGCUCAUUGGCUGGGAGAUGUCCCUUCAAUAUGUGAACACCUAGUAAUCAUCC